AUGCCUGUCCCAGGUUUCCUUUCAUCUUUUGCAGACAAGGCUCAAACAGCUUUACAAUCCUCUUCGUUGGGACAACACCUCCCCGGUCAUGGUAGACCCACGUCUCCCGACUCAGCAGCUCAGCCUAGCGCGAACGAAGGAGCGCAAGGAACUGCACACAAAUCUCAUACAUUUGAGGCCAUCUCACAUGGACUCCGAAGCCUUCAACAGCAAUACGGAUCAUCUUCACCUAUGCAAAAGAUCAUUACAACUGAGAAGGGCGUUGCGAUCGAUUUUGAUAACGUAUCUCGUGAUUCCAAAGCACAGAGUAAGGAGCUCUACUUGUGGGGCCAGGAGGAACCGGAUGAUCUCAAGGAUGUGACCGACAGACUCGCCUACUUGAACUUUGUUCAAGGUUCUCUUGCUAGCUCUUUGGCUGUCAAGCUGGAUGCUGCUCGUGCACCUUUGAAAGCUCUACGGGAUGCCGAAGCUACGCUAGCUCCUAGACGGAACAUUCGUGCUAGUUUUCGCACUCAGAUCGCCAGAAUCGAGCAUGAUCAACCUAAAGGAAUGGAAAAGAAGCUUGCGGAGCUGAGAGAACAGCUCAAAAAGGCCGAGGCAGACGACGCCAGUAUGGAAGCUGAAGUUGAACUUCUCAAACGUCAGGGUGUCAAGGCAUCCGAGUCCCUUAAAUUUGAAGCUCUGCGUGAGUACGGAGAGAAACUUGUUCUCGUCUGUCAUGCCGGUAGCAGCCUCGUCGAGGUUUUACCGACGGUGCCUCCCAGUGAGUCUAGUCCCUACACUGGCGCUCAACGUACGGGAAGUAUACGAGCUGCUCUUCAACGCGCUCUUGACAACUACAAGACCGGUCACAUCAAUCUCCCUUCCCACAGUAACGCGUCCGAGCUCAGUCGAUCCGACACGCGCAGCUUCGGAGAGAGCCAUGCUAGUGAAUUGUCGAGUAUGAAUUCUUCCCUCUCUACUGCGACACAUCCUGGAUUGCCCUUAACCCCUCCACCUGGCGCCAACGCCCCCUCCAACAUCAAGGAUACGGAACAUUCGCCGCGAGCUACAGCCCCCGUCUCGGCAAAUAGCCAGGUCUCGCCGGUCUCGCCACCAAUCAAUCCAUCUGAUUUGAAUUUGAAUCCGGCGCCUAUUCCAGCUCUAAGCCCAAAUAAUAGUAAUUAUAAUGUUGCCUCGAACUCGCCAACCACCUCUCCCAUUCCUGUAGCUGCGCCUGACCCCAUCAAACCUAUUUUCCCGGGAACUACACCUACUGUAGCAGAAACUGGAGUCCCAGUCUCUGCUGGCGCAUCCGGCCCAGGUCCUGCUAGUGGGUCACUUCGUGACUUGAAAUCCGCAACCUCCUCUGCCGAUCCCCCUCUGUUUACAGAGCCAUCAAAUGCAAACGCCGCUUCCAAAUGGAGUAGCGCGGAGGAAGAGAAGAAAAGAUUGGCUACUGCCUAUUCCCAGGCCCAUGCUAAUGCGCCACCGUCAACCACCGACUCGCCGCGUUACGAAAGCGCAGAGGAUGAAAAGAAGAGGCUGGAGAGGGAGGAACGGGAGAAGCUUUUGAAGGCAGGUGGAACCCAAUUGGGGUCAGAUGGGAGAUCGGACGGGGAGCCUAAACGUGACAAAGACGAGGAUUUACCCCCAUAUCAAGACCUUUAA